GAGGGGCCGGCCGAUAGGGAGGGCCGGAGGGAGGCACUCCGCCGCAGGGAGGACGGGACAGACGAGGCCGCGACCCGCCCCCAGCGGCGCAGCUCGGGCUGGGCCCGGCCCGGCCGCACGGCCUCCCCGCUCCCACUGAGGCCCUCUGCUUCGGUCGGCCGCUCUCGCGAGAGUUGAGGCGCCGCGGGCAGAGAUGCCCCAAUAUGGAGGCGAUGCGGAGCGGCACGGGGGAGCUCUCGCGAGAGCGGGGGGAGGCGGGCUGCGGACUCGCUGCGUCCCGUGUUACAAAGAGUGCGAUGCUGUGAGGUGUUCCUACCCACGCAGGCUAAAAUUAAGGCGGCACAGCUUGUUUUCCUGAGGCCUGCUUUUGUCUCCUUGAGGGCGUGCUUUAGGCAAAAUAUCCAUGAGAACGCUAACCUGAGGCAGCAGGCCCACGCUGACCUGCCAGGGCCUUCAGCGAGUCUGAGGUGUUCUGAGGUGCCAGCAGUGCUGCACAACCAGCAGUGCUGCACAACCAGCAGUGCUGCUCCUGUGAGGGUUUACAGGAGUGCUCCAUUCCCUCUGGGGGUCUCCAAGCCUGUGGAGGUGCGGGGAGCUGAGCUGAUACUGCUGUAUCCCUGUAUCCCUGUCUGCUUGGACUUCAGUUUGCAAACUUGAGCUUCUUUUUAGCUUGCUUUGUUGUGUUACCUUACCUUGAAGAAAAGUGAUUGUGCUCAAACAGCAACUUGUACUGGGCAUGCAGUGCUAAUGAACAAAAUGUCUCUUAAACUCUCUUCUGGAAGACCUUUGUGUAUCUCCUUAGUAAAAAGAGGAAGAAACCGUGCCCCAUGUGUGUGUUGGUGGGAAUGCCUCCGGGGUGCCGGGUCCCUGUUGCUCUGUCAGAAGUGGCAUAUCAAAACACCAGACCUGUACAAACAGAUCCUGACAAUUCAGGAAACAAAAAACGAGGAGAAAACUUUUUUUUUCUUUUUUUUUUUUCUGCCCAGGUUUUGGUACUUACAUUGCAUUUUGACUGGACUUUCUGCUCGCUUACUGCCUUUUCAUGCUUCUCAUUUUCCUUAUUUUUUUUUUCUGUCAAUAGCUAAAAGCUACCUUUCCAUAUGGCACAGCCUUUUUCCUAUGUUGUCUCUGUACUUUCAGUUGAUAACUCUGGAUUUGAAUUUUUUUUCCUGCCUCAGCUGUCAGUAUGAGAACUUGGGUUUACAUCUGCUCUUUCACUGGACUUCUUACUCAGUAUUCACUUUGGGAACUUACAUCUUACCUAAUCCGAGCAGUAGUGAUUGAAUUCAGAUCUUCCUGAUAUUUUAAUGCCGAGGAAUGUGAGUCAAAAUUUUGGGGCAUUUAAAAACCUGAAUGAUAUCAGAUACCAAUUUUUUACUGCGAACUAUGGCAUUGUAUGGCCUCUUAUUUAGAUGAUCUCUGUAUAAUUCAAUCUAAGCAUUUUUUCUUCCAGCACUGGAAACAAGGAGAGUUCAAACUGUUUCUCAGUUGUGAUAAGUUUAUGGAGAGGCACUGUAUUUUCUUCCUUUAACACAGACCUGCUUUGGGGAUCCCAUAAUGGAGAGCAUCCAAGCUGGUCUUUCCUAUAGAGUAGAAUCAAGACAAAUUCCAGAAGGACUCAGUGUUCUGGCAGUCAGUUUGCUUGAUCCUAACAGCAGCAUCCUUCCAAGGAUUUUAGUCUCCAGAGCCUUGCUUAUCCUUGCUGUAGUUGUUGGCUUCACAGGAGUUAUGCUGGGAUGGACAGAUGUCAUAUGCUUGUUAUUGGUUUUGGUUUUAAUAGGUAUUUCAGUCACCUUGUCUGUUUCUUCCAGUCUCACUGCCAAGAAUGAGAGGUUUAAUUGUCAUCUCCAGUAUUUGAUAUUCCUCAUCAAAAAGAAAAUAUGGAACUAGACAAUGAUACAGUCCAUACCAGGAGGCAACCGGCAUUUUACAGAGUCCAAAGAGAAAUGCAGACUGAGGAACACAUACAAGCAUUCCUGGAAAGAAACCUACCUUCCACCUUUGGUGGAGAGCCACAAAUCCCUGAAAAGAAGACACGGCUACGUUGCAGGUUCUCCUGGGAAAGUUUCAAAAAGAUCUUAUACAAGAGGUUCCCUAUCCUGAAUUGGCUUUUUUCCUAUCAGUUCAGAGAAUGGAUCUUGAAGGACCUCCAUGCAGGCCUAAAUGUUGGGUUGGUUCAGGUUCCUCAAGGGCUGUUAGGAGUUUGGCUGGCUGGCUUACCUCUACCAACGAUCAAUGGCUUCCUUUCUGCAUUCUGCUGCUCAAUGCUGUAUGUUGUAUUUGGAAGUUCACAUCACAUCUCAAUUGGCUCAUUCAGCAUCCUAAAUCUAGUGGUGAAAAAUAUUCUCAAGUCCCUUGAUCUCAACAAAACAUUGUCCUUUAACAGUUCACUAGUCAAUUUUUCAGACCCUACACUUUUGAAAGGUUACAUGGAGACCUUGACACUCGCUGCGUCAGUGACAUUUAUGACUGGCAUAAUUCAGUUGCUGCUAAGCUGCUUCUGCCUGAAGUCUGUAACAGCAUACUUGCCAAAGGCUCUCAUUGAUGCUUACCUCUCUGCAGCAGCAUUGCUUGUCAUUGUAUCACAGUUCACUUUUAUCUUUGACAUUGUGCUUGACUUCCAUAAGGGCUCUCGAGACAUUUUCUGUAAUGUAUUCUAUUAUUUCCUGGCUCUCCCAAAGUCUAAUGCCACCAGCAUACUGCUAUUUUUGCUUAGCAUGGCCGUACUCCAAAUCAGUAAAACUAUCAGGAUAACUUAUCUACAUAGUCCUGUUGCAUUUCCCAUGGAGCUUCUCUUGAUCAUCACAGCCACCAUUAUUGCCAAUUGUAUUCAUCUUCAUGCUGAAUCUAGCAGUGCUGUGGUCAAUGUAAUUCCUCAGAGGUUUCUACCUCCUACGCUGCCAGAUUUAUCAAACCUGAGCAAGAUCAUCUUGCAUGCUUUCUCCCUUGCUAUUGUAAGCGGCUUCCUUCUUGUUUUUAUUGGAGAGCAGUAUGCUUUGCUUCAUAACUACAGCAUUUCCAGCAGUCAGGAACUAAUAGCUGUCGGGCUUAGCAAUAUUUGCAGUUCAUUUUUCAGAAGCUUUGCUGUCAGCUGUGCUAUUUCUGGAACUGUCAUUCAAGAGAAGACAGGUGGAAGAACUCAGAUAGCAGCACUGAUGGGAGCAUCUAUAAUGCUGGUGAUUGCGUUGAAACUAGGACACUUUUUCCAGAUGAUACCUAAUAGUGUGCUGGCUGCUAUUGUAGUAUUUAACAUGCUACCUUUUCUUGAAAAAUUUCUGGACAUUCCUACCUUGUGGAGAAAGGAUAAGUACCAUUUAGCUAUUUGGCUUGGAACUUUUGCUGCAGUGCUUCGUCUUGGUCUUGAUAUUGGUUUACUGAUCGCCCUGGCAAUUGCAUUCUUCAUAAUCAGCAUCAGGUCACACAGGAUGAAGAUGGUGGAGCUGGGACAGAUUCCAAACACGAAUAUUUAUAGAAGUUUAUCCGUCUGCAGAGCCGCAAUGGAGAUUGAUGGUGUCAAAAUCUUUCAGUGCUGUUCUUCCAUUUCUUUUGCAAAUAUGAAUAACUUCAAAAAUUACUUGUUACACAAGAUGGAUAUGAAAACAGUGCCUCUAAGUCCAAAUGAAAUGAGGGCCUUAGUUUCAGCUAGUCUGUCUGACAUUUCAGUGGAAAGCAAAGAUUUUAAAUGCUCUUGUGUCUGUGAUCCACCUUUACCAGCACCUCGGAUACCAUAUACAGAGAAACUGGUGAAGUCAUGUCAUGUAGACAGUAAUUCCACGUCAUCUUCAGUUAACUUGGUACGUUGGUCAAAGUACGGAGUUAGACAGAGCUGUGGGAUGCUCUUGCUGGGAGCAGCUAAUGCACAGUCUGCAUCUCCAGGCAUUAACACACAGCUUCAGCCUGAAAAGAAUGAGGAUGAAGGGAAACAAGCUGGUGUUUCACCGAGCUCUGCAGUAGGUAAUACUUCAGCACAGUUAGAUCAGGAAGAACAGCCAGUGCAUUUGUCAGGUCCAGUUCACACCAUUAUUUUGGACUUCAGUAUGGUCCAGUUUGUGGAUUUGCAAGGUUCAGACUUACUACGACAGAUCUUCCAUAUGUUUUUCAAUAUCGGCAUUACAGUCCUUAUAGCUGGCUGUCACUCCUCUGUGAUAGCAGCCUUUGAGAAGAACGAGUUCUUUGAUAGCUGUGUCACCAAAAAAAUGUUCUUUCUAACUCUUCACGAUGCUCUGCUGGCUGCUUUGGCGAGGCAUCAAAAGCCGGAUGAGAGAGAACUUGCUGCAGAAGAGCAUGCUGAAAAGCUACAAGCUGAAGAUGAGAUGGAAAUAAAUUUGCUUAUGGAGAAGAAUGGAGGUUUUUUCUCUACAAGGAAGCCUAACAGCAAACUCCUGCGUGAAGAGCCAAUAUCAGAUAACUCAUGCUCAGCCCAGAAUGCAGCAGAGUCAAGCUCUCUCCUGCAGUUUGAAACUCUGUCCCUUCAACUGAAUUUCCAGGACCCCACAUGGGACAAGGAAUGGAAGUAUAACAACAACAUGUGAAUUACAACACUACUGGGGAAUUGGGAUUUCAGUAGAAGGAAGAAAGGUACAGUUAAGCAACAGUUCUGGUCAUUCUUAUCAGUAUUUGAUUUUUUUUUUUCUGAUUUUAAAAUAGACAGCUUGACUAAUGCCUACAGUAAUUUUGUGGUUCUUAUCAAAAAGGAACAUCUGGAUAAUUAUUUUCAAGUAGAUAGGAUACUCUCAGCAAUACACAAGAGAAUUCCUUGUUUUGGUGAAUUCUAGCAAAUGAUUUGUGCAUCUUUUCUGAAAUUUUUUAGAAGUUAGUUUCAGUGCUGCAACUGAGCACUUUUUAUGUAUUUACUGAUUGGUAGUAAGUAAAACUCGUCUGCCCUAUCUGAAUAGAUCACAUGCAGGCAAAUUCAUUAUCUUCAGCAUGUGUAGAGUGAUGUGAGCUUCAAAGGAAAGCAUUUUCUUUCUUAUUGCUGUAAAAUUGCUGAAGUUGAUAUUGUCAGCACUAAGAUAACAUGAGUAUUUUUUCUGUUUAAUUUACCAGAACAAAAUCCCAGUAAACAAAAAUUUUAAUUACAU